GCGGACCGGGUGAUCGGGGGCGAGCACCGUAGUUGUUUCCUGGUCGUAAACAUGACCUCUGUACUCAGACCCAAUCAGUCUUUGAUACCUACGCAAGGUACUAGCAUGCCUGCACAAAUCAUUCGUGUUAACAGCGUACUGAUAGGGGGACCUUUUAUUAACGCAUGUGUGAGUAGUUGUCGGAUGUCGGGUGCUUUCGUUGACGGUGAUGGGAGAGGUUGCAUCUCUCUUGGGCUUUGGGUGGGCAGAGCAGGUACAGCAACUGCAAUUGAGAUUCGAUGGGACAGAUGUAAUCUAUGUUCCUUAAAAGAUUAUGACCCGGACGCGUUGGACCUUGGUGACGGCGCAAAGCUCGAUUCGGACGACGAAUAUGGAGAUGCGCAAGCGGUGCCCUCGAAGGCUGGACGGCCCACCCGGCCUGUGUAUCGGGGCUCCAAGCUCAACGCAACACUACAACUCUUGGCAACACACCGACACCUUGCCGAAAAUUCGCUUGAGACCAUGAGUCCUGGCCGCACCUUGUUAACGCGACUUGCAUGUGCCGCCUCCGGCGUCGCUGGGGACCUCAGGCGCGCACCUGAAAAGGCGAUGCUGCUGCGCGGUGACAUCGUGCUCGAGGACUCUGCUUACCGGGGCCGUAAAACGUCUCGGGCGACCAUUUUCGGCGCGGACGCGGAGUCGGAGGGUGCCGACGAUGACGAGGACAUAAAUCUCGACGAAGGGGAGGACGAGGAGAUGGAUCUAGAUACUGAUGGCGAGGAAGACGUAAUCGAUGACGAUGAUGAUGACGACGAGGAGGGGGACGACGGCGGGGAGCGCCAAGCGGCGGCAGGCAGAGCCGGCCCCAGAGGUCGUGGCGGGACAGCAGCGAGAGCAGCAGCAGCCGCCAAGCGCACGACGGCCUUUUCGAACGGAACGGUGGAAAGCUCCGAAGGGGAAGAAGGGGAACAAGAGGAGGAGGAGGAAGAAGAUGAAGCUUUCGUCGGGGAAGGCGCGGAAGAAGACCGGGAGAUGCCGAAUAGGCGUGUACGGGACCGCGCAGGAGCAGUGGAUUGGAGGGACGAACGUGAGGGGCAGCGUGCACGCACAAGCAGCAAGGGGAGCAGCAGAGGGGCUGGGGAUGAGUUUGAGGCUCUGGAGGCGGAAUACGAGGCGUUGCAGGAGGAGGACGAUAAGCAGCUUGAGGCGCUGCGGCAUAAGGGCGAGCGCGACCGGGUGAAGGGCGCGGCAGUCCGCAACCAGCAGGUGCUGUAUGAGCGGACUCUGGAGCAGCGGAUCCUGCUCCAAAAGUGCCUCCAGGCGAGCAACGGCCUGCCGCGGCCCGAGACUUACGCCGCCCUUGUGGCAGUGGAGCCUGAAGUGCGCGAAGGAUACUCGCAACUUGCAGCUGCUGCACGGGACACGUUGAACCAGCUGCUGGAGCUGCAGCACACGCUUAUGGCACGAAUCCCAGCCGUCACGCUGAUGCCUUCCGCUGGCGCUGAAGCGGCCACGGCCUCCGGUCGCCUCGCGAAGCGCCGCCGUCCAGACACCGAUGGCGCUGCCGAAGUCGCUGCCGGCGUUAACAACAAUGACCUUGACGACAGUGAUCUUGAAUCGCUGUGGCAGCGGGUCAGCGCACGACACGAGGCGCUGGCGCCCUUCCGGGACGCGUCGCUUGAUUCUUGGCACCGGCGCACGGUACUGUCGUCUGGUAGCGGUGCCCUCCGGAACAGCGGCCUCCGGGCGCUAAACCAGAGUAUUAGCAGCCAAGUGCAGGCACUCAUGAGAGACCCUGCCAAGUUCAUCAAGCGCACACGGCUAGCGCUAUCUGCCUGCCCGCGUGUAUUGUGUGAGCCACCGCGCGCCAGCACAGCUGUCGGCUUGGACCCCUUAGGCGGCGAUGCUGACGGCCUUUCAGUUGGGGGCCGCGACGGCACCGCAGGAACGGCUGCGCCUACCUCCAGCGUGGCCGUGGAUCUGACGGAGGAGGAGCGGGAUCCGGAGACGUACGACGACAGCGAGUUUUACCAGCAGCUACUGAAGGAGUUUUUGGACAAGGGGCUGGCGGAAGGCGCCGCGGCUGCACCGAAGGCCGCCAAGAAACGGAAGCUGGUGGAUCGGCGAGCCAGCAAGGGGCGAAAACUGCGAUACCACGUACAGCACAUGCGGUGCGAUAGCCUGCUGCCCAACGGCAUGCGCCGCAGGUUCGUCCUGUCUCGUUACCGCCUCCUCGCACACAUCGCUGCUCAACGCCUUGUCUUCGUUUUCCUGUUCCUCACAAUAGGAAAAACUGGUGGCGUUCAUGGCACCGGCCCUUGUAGCCUCACGCAAACGAAUCCCCUAUCGGACAGUAUAACGGAUGUAACAGCGGGCGGCGCUGCUGAUGAUGACAGUUCAGUUGGCAGUCUAGAUUUCUCCGCGUAA